CGUCGGGACUGGAAGACGGGAGACCCAACCGACCCCAAAGGGCCCUCCAGCCCCGGCAGCAGGGCAUUCAGAGGCCCGAGAAGCAGGAUGUUCUGCGGACGAGACUUGGAGCACCUCUCGACUAUGCUCUUAAAACUGGGCUUCUAGGAAUGCAGCCGAGCCAUGGCAUUGGCCUUUGGAACUGCUGCAAAAAACUAUGUCUCACCUGCGGGAUGAGGAGGCUCAGAAGGACGCCGCUGCUGCCUUUGCCGCAGAGCACCUGGCGGCAGAGUCCAUGGCCGCCGACAUGGACCCCUGGGUGGUGUUCGACGCCCGCAAGACCCCGCGGGCCGAGUUUGAAGAGUGGCUGCAGACCUACCAACCAUCCCGGGUCUCUCGCUUUGGGGACCCCGAGCGCAACGCUGAGCCGGUCGGCUGGAUCGCUGUCUACGGCCCCAGUUUCUGCCCCGAAGGGGGAGACGUAGUGGGGCUGCAGGAGGACUGGGAACAGCUGCAGGUGAGCGGCCGCCACAUCACCUUUGACACUGUGAAAGAGCUGGCCCUCAACCGGCGGGUGCUGACCGGCAAAUGGCUGAUGCACCUGGACAGCGGCUUCAAGGUGGACCACGCCUGGCGCGGCAUCGCCCGGGCGGUGCUCGACGGGCGCAUCGGCGUUGCCAAGGUCAGCCCUUGCUGCCCAGAUUCAGAGCGCAAGCAGGUCAUUUGUGUUUACACCGAGGACUUCACCAAUGAGGAGCAGGUGCUGGCGGCCGACGGCAUCAUCCGGGCCACGGGCGUCAAGUGCCUCUUGUCCUACAAGCCCGACGUUUACACUUACCUGGGCAUCUACCGCGACAACCGCUGGCACCUCUGCCCCACCAUCUACGAGAGCAAGUUCGACCUGGAGUGCAUCCCGCGCCGCUCGCGCAUCACCAACAAAGUCAGCAACACGGAAGUGACUUAAAACUUGCUUCUCAGGACGCACGGCGCAGCAUGUAAUGCUUAUUCACUGCCCUCCCUCCCUUUGUUAAGAGACACUGCAUAGUGAAAACCAUUGCCAAUCAUACACAAGCUUCCAGGAAAAGGGCUUUUGGGGGAAGAGUAUUUUUAUAUUCUAUUAGAGGGGUAGGCUUAGGGUUUUUUUUGUGUCCGAUAGGCAAUUCUUCACUUCCAUUGGCAGUUUUAAUUUCUCUCUAAACCUCUAAAUAGUGUCUCUGUGCACUUUUCGCUCACUUAUCCACAAUCCCUAUGGGACCAGCUAUGCUCCCUUCUCUUAAAGCAGAUACUAGAAUAUUGUACAGCUGCAAAAAGCCCACGAAGCACCUUUUCUUCGGGGAUUGCCACAUCGGUUUGAAAGAACAAUCUCCAGUCGACUGAGCCUUGGAAAGUUAAGGACAUGCAAGCUUUCCAGCAGCGCAUAAGUGUUCACCCUGCAAGGAUAAUACUGCGCAUAGGUUCUGUAAUGCUUGCACCAAGCGCAAAAGCUUGAGUGCUCUUUUCUUCAAGGUAACUGUGGCCAUUUUAGAGGGAUCAGUGUAGCGGAAACUGGCCUGAGAGUUUCACUUGGAGCAUGGGGUUUUAUCCCUUCUGUCAGAGCUCUAGAUAUGUUUAAUUUCGGCACUUGGACAAAAAAAUGUAGUCACUGCAACAUGUAUGUGGUAUCCUGGCCUAGUUUUUCCUUUUGGAAGGCAUAAUAGUCAUUCCCAGCCUCACCAGGGUAAAGUCUACUCCUAUAUUGGUUGGAAAGAUAGUUGAAUUAUUUCUGUGCUUUUGAGGAUAUGGAAAGAAAACCAGUCACCUGUAAAUACUUAAUAAAUAAAUAUUCUCUUCUGGCA